CGUGAAGCUCCAGUCAGCAAGCAGAAAAAUGAAACCAGAAAAAGUCCAAUGAAAAUUCGUGAAAAUCUUCGCUAAAAUCGUGUUGAACAAAGUAAAUUGUAGUUCCUUCCGUAGGGUACCUAGAUAUUAGUAAUUUGUCCAUGAGAAGGAUGGCACCGGGAUCGAACAACCAGAAUAAUAAUAAUAAUAAUAAUAAUCGACAGACGGGGACGCGGCCGAAAAUCAAAGCCUCGAAGAAAAAUUCCGUUCCCCGAGAGGUAGUCGCCCCGACCAGACGGGAUCUCCAGCAGCAGCUCAAUGUUCUCGUCGAUUGGGCAACGGUUUCCGGCGCGGCCGCUGCAGUUGUCAAUAACCAGCACCAGCAAGGUCACUCGCAGCUGCAACAGCAGCACUCUAAUCCGAAUCAGCAAUCGUCGUCGUCGUCAGGUGUGGGAGCCAGCAGCAGCCAUCAGCAGAACUUUCUACUGAAGCCGAGAAACAACCGAACACCGGGCGAAGGAACGUGUUACGAAAUUGACAACCUCGCGCUGCAGGACAACAGCCGCUACAUCCCGGUGCGUCCGAUCGUCCGCCGAAAUCUCCUGAGCGAAAGCAGUGGUGCCGAACAGGGUGAACCGCACAACACCGCCGUGGGAGUGGUCAUUCCCACCACACCGAACUCCGCCCUUCACACGUUCCGUUUGAACGAUACCGGCACAAGCGGAGCUGGAUCAUCGUCAAACAUUAACAACCUACUGAACAACUCCAUCAGUCAGAAGCACAUUCUGAAUCCAUUUCAUCCGCAGCAUCAACAACCUCCGCCAAUUCCAAAUCUGCGAGCUUCGCCGUUAAGCUCCCGAGUUCCGGACGGUGCUUCCCAGAAUCAGUUGAAUCUGAACAAGAAUUCCAACCAACAACAGCAGCAACAACAACAGCAGCAGCAGCAACAGCAACAACAACAGCAACAACAACAACAACAACAACACCAGCAACUGCUACAGGGUGGUGGUGCCGUAGGCGGAGCUAACCAUUCGAAAGCGAACGUCGAGGAUAAGCUUCAUCAGAUUCAGGAGUACAUCAAGCUGACCACCAAUUUGAUCUCAUCGGUGCAGCUGGAUAACAAGAAUAAGAAGGAAUCGCAGGCAGAGGGCAACGGCUUUCCGAAGAUGGGUGACGAAAGUUGCUAUUUUGUGCCAAUCAACUCCACUACCUUAGAGAGUGUACGGCAAAGCGAUUCCGAGUUGAACGGUCCCCGGCCUCAGUCGGUGCAGAGCAUCAGUACCACCCACUCGGCGACUCCGGUGCAAACGCCUUCGUACGACGAUCUGCGCUACAAGAUGGAAAGCCAGAGCAAGAGUAUGCAAGCUUUGAAGGAACAGCAAGCCCAUCUGCUACGCCUGCAGCAAGCAGCUCGACUUCAGCUGCAGGAGAUGGAAAUGAUGCGUAGCCAGACCGCGGCCAAUGCCAUUCCGCUGGAUAACUUUGAAUCGGUGGAUCAGGUUCAGGACGGUAUCAGUGGCAUUAUGGAGCGGAUGCGUGUCCUGGCGACGUUCAUUCAGAACCAACAGGAACUAGGAAACAUGCUCAGCGGAGACAACGACGAUGUGCUGAACGAGCAGGUGAUGCUACAGCAGAAGUUCCAGGAAUUGCGUGACAAGAAAGCACAGAUGCACAACUUGGUCGCGGAGUUGCAGAAUAUGAACGUAGAUGCGAGUAGGCAGUUUGAUGGAGCAUCAACCACAGGGUCGAUCGAACGAACCGUUCCGAUCGAAUUGACGCACGCUCCGGCACCGGCUGCCGAUAUGAGGAAAGCGACCAAGACCUUCAAUCAGAACAACAUCGAUCAUGGAAUGAUGAAUGGUGGUGGUUCAGGAUCUAGGGGUGGUUCGAUUACGCCCAAGGCGGACAAUGUAGCGGAUGGGCGGGAGACUGAGCUGCACGAAGGAGAGGAGGAAGAAGAGGAAGAUCCGGAAGCCAUCACCGGAACGGCUGAGAUGCUCAACGAGAAGAUCAACGAGAUCAAUGCGAUGAAGUCCCAGCUGAGACGGUUGAAGGAAAUGAUGGACACGGUUAAGCUUAUCGAGAUGAAGACUGGCGAGUCGAUCGAUGAAGAGGAGGAUGCUCCGGAAGAGAACGAUGAGAAUCCGGAUUCGGUUGAGAAUUCUCGGUCUCCAAGUGUGGCAAGUCAGAUCAGUGACCAAGGAGCAGCUGCUGGAGGACCUACAGAUAAGAGACGAGAACAGUUGAAUCAACGAGUCGAAGCGCUGCAUGCUAUGACUCGGGAUCUUCGUGAACAGGCAAAAUCGAUUGCUGCGGAACGGGAUGCUCUAAAGAAUGCUCAUACCGAAAUUCAGAAGCGUCGUAACAAUGUUACCGAGCUGCAGCAACAAGCCGAGGCUCAAACCGCUGAAAAGUUGACCAAUCAUGUGGCUUCGUUUGUAUCCUCCAUUCCGACGGGUCCGAAAGAGCGCCAACAGUUGGCUCUGAAAGCCGAACUCGAGCAGAAAAAACGCGAAUUGGACCGGAUCGCCAACAUGACUCAAAACAUCAAAAAGAACACUGAACUGUCUCGUCAGAAUACGGAAGUGGCUCCGCCUAAAGUUUCCUCCGUAUCGUCAGCAGAGUCUCUCCGAUCUCAAAGUAAUCCACCGGUGAUUCCUCCUCCACCGGUGCCAUCGGCGGUGAACAAUACGACCGGUAGCAAUGUGACCAAUCAUUCGAAGAACUCGGUAGAUUCUGGCGUAACGGACAUCUUUGCCAACGCUCACCUUGAAUCCGGAAGCUAUCAAUCCAGUAGCACGCGUAGCUUGAACAUGGUCCCACCCAUGCCGGACAUUUGCAACCGUGCCGAACGGUAUCGCAAAUCGGAGGAUGUUGGAACUUCGACUGCUCGCACGGAUCGGACUUCCCCGUGGCCAGCACAUUUGUUCAGCGCAGCAGGUCCAUCCAGUUCCAACACGGGACCGCAAAGUCCACAUUUCCAUCCGUUCGCCGGAUCGGAUAUCCAUGUAAGCUCUGCUUAUCCAAACUACAACACAUAUCCGACAUAUUCGAACCUUCUGCCGCCGCAUACACCGAACUCGGCUCCACCCCCACCGGAUCCGCUGAUGAUCCAACACUUUAUGCAGACCCAGCAGAUGCUGAUGAACUCCAUUACCCAGUGUAACCAGCUGCUCUGGAUUCAGCAACGGGAGAUCAACAAUCUUAACAAUGCGGUGCUGUUGCUCCAAGAACGAAUUCUCAACAACGCCAACAACAGUAUUCUCAUGAACGAUGGUGGUCACGUUCCUGGGGCCGGUUCUCACAUCCGUGCCGAGUCAACGCCUCCGAACAAUUCUCUCAACUCUGCCCCAAGCAUGACCGGAUCCCUGUACGGACGCGCACGCUCCGAGCAACCAACUAUGGCUCAUCAGCAAGGACCAACCUCCCCGUACCACACGAUCCCCCCAAACCUACAUCAAGCCUCGUACGGUAGCCUUAUUGGCACCAGUCAUUUCCCUUCCUUUACCCCAUCAACCUCCCAACAUCAACAGCAACCGCAUCAGCAAUCCACCCAGCAAUACUCCAUCAAUCAGCAAAUCCAACGCAAUAACACUAACAUCUCAAAUUCUAACGCUAACGCCGCUACCGCCAGCAGCAGCAGUAGCCACCGUAGCUAUCGCAAUCUCAGACAUGUUAACAUUAACACUGCUAACAAUGCCAUCUACGAGCAGCAGCUUCACCACCAGCUGUACGAUCACCACGUACCGUUGCAUUUGAACAACUUUAUGAAUCAGAACGGCACCGGUGGCAACGAUGAUUCGAAUCUGCAAACACAGCAGCAGCAGCAGCAAUCGUUCAACAAUGUUUCCGUUAGUGGCGGUGGUAGUCUCGGCCCGUCGAAUAUGAUCAAUAAUUUGGCUAAUGGGCCGUCGACGGGAGGAAUGGUUCCGCCACCACCGCCGCCACAGUCGGCAGCUUGCUUGAACAAUUUGAACAACAGCAGCAAUCUGAACAACAAUUCCCAGCAGCAGACACAAGCGCUGAACAAUCAGGUGCUGCCGGGGGUUCGUGCCAACAACUACUGGGACAACUUCCGAAGCUACUCGAGACAAAACCUCCUGUCGAGCAACAGUUGCAAGAGCAACGAAGAUUCCUGCACAUUCAGUACGAACAGUUGUACCAACAACAACAUCAACAAUCAAAUCCAGCGAAACAAUAGCAACGUGAACAACUUCAACAACAACAGCAAUAACGCAUCCGGUAGCAGUGGUGGCAGUGGUGUUGGCGGCUCCACCGGCACCAAAUACCCGCACAACCUGAACCGGAACAAUUCCUUCAGUAACGUCAACCAGCAGCAGAAUGCAUCCACCGAUUUGGGACCGAAUGUGCAGCAGCCGAAUGUAUCAGGGCAUCAUCAACCAUCGCAGCACUAUCAAACGAUACCCCAACAGUCGCAUCAACAACAACAACAGGAUGGGGCACAGUUCCAACCUAUAGGUCAAUCACCGUUCCUCCAGCAGCAGCAGCAGCAGCAUCAACCUCAAGCUCAACAACAACAACAGCAGCAGCAGCAACAGCAACAACAGCAACAACAGCCACAUCAACAGCAGCAUCAUCACACUCCGCUAAGCCAGUCGACUUCGUUCGAUCUGGGCGAGCUGCAGUUCCACACCAAUCCGAUCAAUCUAGGUCUGGCGAACAAGAGCGGUCUUCCGAAGGGUAGUGGAAACAAAAAGUAUCCACUUUCGUUACGGUCCUGCCGGGACGGGAACAACCUCGGUGGGGAGAGCAGCUCAAAUUUCUACGGUGUCGGAGCGCAUGCCGAAAUGGUGAGCGAUCUGAAUCUUGCCACGGCGAGCAACUAUCAGCAUGAUUCGAAAUCAACAUCUAAGCUGUUCGAAGCGCUCAAGGAGAACGUCUACCAGGAGGUGAAGAAUCUCAUUACCGCAAACGAAUCGCGUCCGCACUUCCUGAUUCAGCUGUUCCGCGAGUUGCAGUUGAUCUCCUCGGAUCCCCUGCGGCAGCGAACACUGCAAUCGAUUCAGGAACUGUACAAUCGCUAUAUUGAAUCAACUCUUCAGCAGGAGCAACAGGAAGGCCACGUCAACAACGUGGGUAGCAACAAUCUUCUGUCGUCAAAUGCUACCGUCGGGGGUGGCCAAGCGGCUAGCGGAGGUAGUGAACAUCCUUUGACUGCUGAAAACGUAGAAGUCGUGGAAGUAUCGCAGAGCUUCACAAACGUUCGACAGCAGCCACCAUUUCCGUUUGCUCCUUCGGCGGAGAGUACCCCAAUUGCGGUGGCUGCUGCUGGGAGCGGUAUCGGUACGAAUGCAAACAUGACUGCACCUACCAAGGAUUUGGAAGGGAACGAACUCGGGGGGAUGCCCAGCUCGGAGAUAAUCAGCAUCAUUAUGGGGGACAUUGUGGGAGUGAUCAAUUCGGUAGACUACAUCAACGAUUCGGUAUUAUGUAAGAUUGCCGGGGUUAUUUGCAAUCACGCAACGGGGGCUUCGAAUGGGUUGUUCCAGCAGAUUCCUCCACAGCAAGGGCAGGAGCAAGGCCUGUUGGGAAAUCCGAUGCUAGGACCAUCCAUGGCUGCCUUCUUGACACAGAAUGAGACUGAUGUUAUAAGUAGGGAAGAUUUCCUGAGGCACCUGGAGAGCUGGAAUCGCACUGAUAAAGAUGAAUUUAUAUCGAAUUUGGAAAAUCUGUUGAACAAUAUUUUGCUGAGGUCAUCGGCCGCGGAGGGUGACGCGGGAGCGGUUUCUUCGUCCAACAUGACCGGAGAUGAAGAGGGACAGAUGAGAGCUCAACAACAACAGCAGCAACUCCAUCAACAACAGUUGCAGCAUGAUUCCCUAUCCAGUUUCAGCAAUGGGAACAACAAUACGACGGGCGAUAUCAGUACAGACAACAACGAGACCUUCCAACCGUACGCUGGCGUAGGUAGUGAGAAUCCAUUUUCAUCGCACGUAUCGACAGCUUCGGGUGCUGUUGGUGGUGGCGGGGGAACACGCAGAGUAUACGGUACAUCGGAAAGUGACAAGAUGUCUAACGGGGUCAGCAGUUCGAAUGGGUAUGCUUUGACGACGUACGACCUGGCAGAAGCCGAUCAGAUUUGUGACUUGGACAAGGUUCAUCCACCGGGAGCGGUGGGUGGAACUUCCAACGGUGGAGCAGAACAAAUGCCCCAAGGUAAUUUCGAUAACCGUUGGCGGAUGCUGCAAAACGAAUUGGAUGGAGACUUGGCGGAUAUAAUGGAAAGGAAUCGACUAGCGGAAAAGGCUGCCCAGGAACAGCAACAGCAGCAACAACAACAACCAGCAUCACGUGGAAGAGCAAACGAAGGCUGGCAGGAUGAGGAAAACGAAGACCCGGAGGAACAGCUCCCAAUAUUCUACUGAGACUGGUACCGCCAACCGUGCUACAACUGUUGCGUUGGCCACGUCCGUCGAUGCUGGAACGGCUCUCGGUUGCCUAUCGAUUACCGAGCAAUAAUGACGAAUAUGAUCUCAAGUGAAAAUUUAGGUGCACAGAAAACGGACGAUACUGCUGAGAGCAAUCAACAACUUUCCGUGCAGCGCUGUCGCAGCCGUUAUUGGUCCGAUGUGAGCCACAGUUCGUUUCUGCUGCACCUGUUGUGUGUGAUAGUUUCUGUACUCUCCAAGCGCCGGCAUCGCCUCAGUUACUAGGCAAGGGGAGCAUAAGGUGUUGAACGUGCUGACAAGUCUACGAUCUGCUACUACUAUUACUAUUAUUAAUACAACUGCGGCAAGCCGAAUCUCAUUUAUCGUGAAAUAUUUAUUUUAUAGCAAGCAUUAAGCAUACUGUGGUGGAUACCUACCUAGGCAUCGCUAGCAUAAUGCAAGGUUCGGUCGAGCGACAAACGACGCCGUUGGCUAUGCUGCGUAAGCGUAAACUAUGUGAGUCGUUCGAUGCACGACGAAUGGCAUGUGCUGAGACAGCGACUUAUAAUAAACGAAAUGAUUUGUACUCCAACCACCACAACCACAUGUGAACAUCAUUAUUGCAUAGUGGAUGACAUCCCCUGCUAGCAGUAAGGAAACCACAUGCUAGUGAUGCUUUUAUAGCCUAAUAGGGUGUUUACACUAUAAUGCUAUUUCACUGGCUUAACCAGAUCAACAAACUCAAGUUGAUCCUGAAAUCUCAUGCUGGUAGAUGCUGACACCCUGUUUACAUUAUGCUGGCUACUUUUUGGUACAAUGCUAGCAGAUCAGCACAUAUUGCUGAUUAACAAAAAUUGGUGUAAUCCGAUCAAGUAAUGGAUGCAAUGUUACUUUACUAGCAUGCAGUUUCCUUACUGCAGUCCUUGGUUCUAUUCUUUUUGAAAGAUUUUUGAGGGAUGCGAUGCACUAUGCAAUAAUGAUGUUCACACAUUGGUGUUUGGAGUAACACACUGCACGCGGUCUGCUUCAGCUGGAAGGACGAAGGCUACUUGCUUCUCUGACAAAGUCAACAGCAUUGUAUUGUGUAGCAGGUUUUCGAAUACAUGGUUCAAUCGAGCAGACUUCAAUUGGACAAGGGCUUUCUUUGGUCAUGCGGUAUCGAAACCUAUGGUAGACUUAUUAAAAGUAUCUACCCGUAAGGACCGCAGUAACGAGAGUUUGACUGCUGAUCGAUAAUUGGCGUGUGUAUUAGUAAGUAGUCAAAUUUACGUUUACUACUAUGUGUAACAUUUCAAUUGGUUAGCCUUUGGCUCUUCAUCUUUGCCAAUUAACUAAUAAUUGGUUAUUCUAAUGGGAUGAUUGCGUUUAUCGCUAAUUUACAGGAUACCCUUUAUGGGAUUGAAUUUAAAAAUUUGAUAACCUACCUAGGUACUUGAGCACAGGAACCUACCUAGCUACUUAAACUAGGUUGCCAAAUCACGAAUGAUCUGGUGGUUUGAUCGCAGACCGGCGACUCUGAACCUUUCCAGCGUGGAAGUCUUUCGCUCCUCGAGUGUUUGAAGACCGGCCAGGUGGUGAAUCUCAAAAAUACGAGUUCGCGGUGGACUGUUAAGGAUCAUUCUGAGGAUUUUGUUUUGGAUCCUCUGAAGCUUUAGGUGGUGGCACUUAGCACAACUCUCCCAGAUCCGCAUACCAUACUCAAUAGCCGGCAAAAUGAUCUGCUUGUGGACAGCAAGCUUGUUUUUGAGGGACAGGGUGGACUUCCUGUUUAUCAGAGGGUAGAGCGCCCUGAUCAUGAUGUUACACUUGGUGGAUGUCUUGUCCACAUGGGAUCGGAAUAGCAAUUUGCUAUCGAGGGUGAGACCAAGGUAGACUUCACUUCACUCGCCCAUUCAAUGGGAGUGCUAUCAAGAUGGAUCUUGACGUUAGCAGCCGAGGUGAAUUCGAGUGUGGAAACAGAAUGGUUUGUGUUUUAGCUGCAUUGAUACAAAUCUUUCAGCUCUUGAAAUAUUCGGACAGAACAUCCAGGCCUGAUUGGAGUUUACUCGCCAGAGCACGGAUCACUCGACCCCUUAUAGAUGAUGGAGGUUUCAUCUGCGAACAUUGACAGAAUACCACCACCCGGCAGGGGAGGAACGUCUGACGUAAAAUGUUGAAUAGGAUAGGUCCAAGCAGGCUACCCUGAGGGAC